GAAAGAGAGAGAGGGCGAUCCGUUAUUUGGCCACGAACUGUAUAUAAUCAUGUCCUCAGUACGCACGGGCUUUUAAAUAAUCAAAGUGAAGUAUUUUUUCCUGUUUGAUUUUUGCCCAAGCCUGUACCGGUUUCAUGUGGAAUUACAUUUUGAGGAAGGGGAAGCACAGAGCCUUUGUUUUUUACUUUGGGAAGGACCGCAGUAUGCCAUACUGUAUGUGUUACUUUAACAGUACAGUGUGACUAAAAAUGGGCUCGGACUUUGCGGCUCUGCGCAGGGAGGCGAUGCUGUGCUGAGGGAGAAUGAGCCGCCAGGCCCACGUUGCUGUUCCCUGCCACUGAGAGUAUCCGUUCAACACGUUGCAGCCGAUGUGGUCUGCCACUGCAAGCCUACGGCUGCCAAUCCAGCAUGUCUCGCAUGUCCUCCAUGGCCAAGCGCUACACCGGUUCCUCCUACACCAGCCAUUAUGGCUCCUCCUGCGGCUCCACUCUGGGCUCGUGCUGCGAGCGGGACCGGCUCCCUUACAAGAGCCCACCGUCCAGUUACACUUCCCCAGGCUACCUAAGCACAAAUACGGGGCGCGACUGCCACUGCGGUGGGUCGCCGGAGCCAGAACGGGGUCGUCCGCUGCCCCGGACAGACCUCCUGGGCAACCGACGCAGUGAGAGUCUGAGCCGUGCACUAGCGAGGGGCUGCGGACCCGGCGGCUUGAGCGGGGGUGGCGCCUGCCCCAGCUACAGCCACUCCCCUGCUCGGCCCGGCUACCUCUCCGCCUCCCCGGCGGCUUCCCCCCGGCUCCCGCUCGGUCGUCGUCGUUCUGUGAGUCAGACGGAUUUGACGCGGGACCUAGCCUCGCUGGGGUUCGCCGACACCCCCGCUUCACCCCGUGGAGCCCGGAGGAACAUUGAGGGACCGAGAUCGGCCGGUCGAACCCGGCCCAGCGAGGCAAUGGACUCCUGCCUUGGCGGGCGCUCUAGCUAUGCCAUCUCACGCAGCUCUACACAGGAGGCCAUCGGCAGCAUGGGCCGAUCCUGGGAGAGGGCCAGCGUGGGCCGGCCAACAUCUCCUGGCCGAGAAACCACGAACUCAAAAAGUCCGCAGGGGCUGGUGGGAUUACGGAACCUGGGGAACACGUGUUUCAUGAACUCCAUCCUGCAGUGCCUGAGUAACACGCGUGACCUGCGGGACUACUGUCUGCACAGCUCCCACCGCCGAGACCUCAACAGCAACAGCCGCACUCACACCACACUCAUGGAAGAGUUUGCCAAGCUCAUACAGACCCUGUGGACGUCGUCAAGCAGCGAGGCGGUCAGUCCCUCUGAGUUCAAAACCCAGAUCCAGAAGUAUGCUCCUAGAUUUGUGGGUUACAACCAGCAGGAUGCACAGGAGUUUCUGCGAUUCUUGCUGGAUGGCCUUCACAACGAGGUGAACCGUAUCACUGUGAGGCCACGAGCCCACGCAGAAGACUGGGACCACUUGGCUGACGAUGAGAAGGGGAAGAAAAUGUGGAACAAGUACCUGGAGAGAGAGGACAGCAGAGUGGUGGACCUGUUUGUGGGCCAGCUGAAGAGCACACUGACAUGCAGCGAAUGUGGAUACUGCUCUACGGUCUUUGACCCAUUCUGGGACCUCUCUCUGCCAAUCGCCAAAAAGAGCUACGGGGAGGUGACUCUGAUGGACUGCAUGAGGCUCUUCACAAAGGAGGAUAUGCUAGAUGGGGAUGAAAAGCCCACAUGCCACAGAUGUAAAGCAAGGAGAAAAUGUACAAAGAAAUUCACCAUCCAGAAGUUCCCCAGGAUCUUGGUGCUUCAUCUGAAACGUUUCUCUGAAGCACGUGUCCGAACCAGUAAGCUGUCCACAUUUGUCAACUUCCCCUUGAAGGAUCUGGAUCUCAGGGAAUUUGCCUCUGACAACAGCGUUAAUGCCGUGUACAACCUGUACGCAGUGUCCAAUCACUCAGGCACCACCUUGGGUGGGCACUACACAGCCUACUGCCGCAACCCCACCUUGGGAGAGUGGUACAGCUUCAACGAUUCUAGAGUAACGCCAAUGUCCUCCAGCCAAGUGCGGAGCAGCGAUGCCUAUGUGCUGUUCUAUGAGCUGGCGUCUUGCUCUAGGAUGUGAGAUGAGACGGAAGAAAUCCGUUGGAAUGUGAGCCUGGUGCCUACUUUGGCCUGCUCUCACAGACAGGGGGUGCGGUUUAUCCGCUCCUUUAGUGACCCCCUCCACCCCAACCAUGACUGGAGGCUGCUCACACUGUGAAGGAGUUGAACAUCCGUCCCGUACAGGUGGCCAAUGGAAGGGGGAGCAUUGUCUGGCAAUAACAAGGACAGCUCCAUCUCCGUCUUGGAGGUCCGUCUCUAUGCACUGCGACAGGAACUCUUGCUCGAGCUGCACCACCUUCCUUCGUAACAUCACCAUGGACACAAGAGAUCCUUUUAGAUCUAUUUUUGGUUCUUUGUUUACUUUAGCCCUAACCCUAAAGCCCAAACUGCAUAACCUGGACAGCUCUGUGGCGCCCUCUGCUGAGAUGACAUGGCAGGCCUGUAUCCUCAGUACAAGCUCAUGCCCUUAUCCCUGCCUGCUUGUUCCACCGCGCUCGCGCCUCUCUACACAGUCUGUUCGUCAUCUCUCACCAUUCUAGUCCCCUCCCCCUCGGUUUUACUCUUUCUUCGUUGGGCUGUUUGAAAUCACCCCCUAUUUCCCACCCAAUCGCGGCUGUGGAUGGAGUGCUGAGCCACGGGGGUGCCCGCCUCGGGCUGGGAGUUGGUCUCUGUUUUUUUUAAUAUCAUCGUGUGGCUGCUACAGAACUGCUGUGAAUGAAAGGAUACCUAAUUUAAAAUAAAUCUCAUGCCACUGUACUGCACUGAAAGAAUGUUUUAAAAACACACACAUACAAUUACAUAUGUGUAAGAAGAUGGGUGUGUGGUUCUGUGUGGCUGCGUAUGAAUAUUUUUAUAUGACGAUGCAAUACCGAGAAUGUACUAUGCAGUGGUGCUGAAUGUGACCCAUUACUGUUUCUGGUUAAUUUAAUAAGCUAAACAAAGGAUACUUUUUGACGCUUUCUGAAGUAAUGUGAUGAGUCACACUUUUUAACAGGAGCAGUCAAAUAAAUAUAUAUAUAUAUAAAUUAAUUUCAAGAAAAAUGCUUCACAGGGUUUGUGUCCUCAUUUUUGUCUAACAGAGCUGCUGACCAGCAAGUACUCCUAUGGAGAAGAAGGUGAAGAGGUUAAAUGUUUGUACCCUGAGAAAUGAUGCUUCCGCUGUACUUGUCAGUACUUAAUCUCAGUUGUUCUAGUUAUUAUACAGCUCUAUAAACAGUCCCUAUACUAACCUCUGAGUGAAAGCUGCUGUUAUGCAAAAAAAUGUGAUAAGGUAGCGGUGCCAAGCAAGAUACGUGCGGUGCAGUAAUAUUGUGGUGUGCUGCGCUCUGGGUUGGGAUGGGGCGAAGAAGGACACACAGAAGGUGUUCAUGACGAACGUUUAUUAGAACACCGAC